CCUAGGUCCUGGUGAAGGCCCAUCCCUCCUUCCCACCCACAGAGGCCUCUUUCCGGAUCGUCACCUGCCCAUCAAGUGGCCUCUUCUAUCCCUGUGACUCGUGCCAAAGCAGAGGGGAGAAGCAUCCCGGCCCCCGGAUCGUCCAGGAUGAGUGCUGACGUGGAGAUGCGAAGCGAGGAUUCCGAUACCAACCCAGAGGACAUCGAAGACAAGCCUGGGCCCGCUCCGAGGCAGAUGGCGCAGAGGGCCGCAAAAGAGGCGCCCCCGAAGAUGGGAUCCCUAAAAGGGAAAAAGCCAGCGACCCAGGGGGCAGCGGCCGGGCCUGAAAUCCAGGAGGAAGAGGAGGAGGCCCAGGGCGCCGCUGCAAACCCCGGCCCGGCACCUCGCCAGAGGCCCGAUGUGUUCUCCUACCAUACCAAAAUCUUCAUGGGGCCCAAGAAAAACAGGAGAAAAUACGACCGCAAAGGCAGGCUGAUCUGUAACGGUAUCGAUCUGUGCGACUGCCUGCAGGUGGAUUGCGCCGGCUGCUUCUACCCGUGCCCCCGGUGCAACUCCAGGAAAUGCGGGGUCAAGUGUCGCCGGAAUCGCAAGUGGGUUUACAACAAGGUGGAGGACGAAUCUGGCGAGCUGGUCAACGCAUUUCCCUUUGCGUUUCCCGAGUGAGGUCCUGGCCACACUGGGCUCCCUUUUUCUUUGGAGGGUGGAACUGGCUUUUUUUUUUCUUUUUUCUUUUUAAUUGUUUUGUUUUUCCUCUAAUGAGUUUUAGGGAGUGGGCAAAGAGUUGCAGUGAUCCCGAUGUCAACUAAUGGUUCCAGUGUUGGGGAAGGACGACAUCCUCUCCAGCGGAUUCCAUCAUUUUAGGAUUUUAUUAUUUUUUGGCACAGAAAACAGAUGAAGUGAUCUCUGCCCCACCAUCUUUCCAUCUUUAGUUGUCACCAUAGCCAGUUCAGAUAUAUCUUUAGGUUUGGAAAAGGAAAAGGAGCCUCAUUCUCUAAUACCAGGAGUUUCUUGUUUUUCAUGUUGUCAUUAGUGUUUGAUGGUUUAAAAAAAUACUUAAGUGUUAACUAUUACUGAAUGUGAUAAUAAGAUCACAUCCACCAGAAGGUGGCAAAUAAUUGCCUGAAACAGUUUUAUUUGUUACGUUGUUGUAUUUUGGAUUCUUUAUGACUUCUCCAAUUUAAUCUUUCAUGUCAAGUGAUAGUAGAUUAAUUGUUAAGUUAUCCAGAGGUCUUCCUAGACCAAAUGAAUAAGUAUUGUUUGAGUAACAGCAUUUAAAGACAAAAAAAAAUAAAAAAAACUUUUAGAAACUCAAA